AUGUUGAUAUCAUCGCUGUUACAAAAAGGGCCGGGAUUAGGUCCCUGUUUAGGCGUUGGCGUAGACGCGGCUAAGAGUCUGGCUUGUGGUUUGAGGACGGUUGAUGACUCGAUCAGUGAAGCAUUUGACAACGUCACCGGACUCUUAAAAAUUCCUUGGCUUCCCGGUGAAAUAUUUGAUUGUGAGGAAAAGUUGGAUGUAGAAAAUGAAGAGGUCAGGAGAAAUCUGGAUCUGGCAGCUGUGUUUCAAUAUGCCGCUGGGGCAUUGAUCAGAAAGCUGCGUCUGUGCAUGGAAGAAUGCUGCAAGGGAGAGUUGAAUGUGAGGAAAUUGGUUUGUAGUGGAGGUGUUGCGAGAAAUGGGUUUGUUAGAGAGAGGUCGAACAAGCUAGCGAUGGAGGACGAUUUUUUCCCACUUCCUGAGCUUUGCGCAGAUAAUGGAGUAAUGAUUACCUGGGCUG